UGAUAGUGCGUCACGAACGUUGGAAUUCGAUACGUCCCUAUUGGCGGGGAAGAGCCUGCCAGGAAGUUUUGAGGAAAAGGGGAGAAGAAGAAGGAGGAAAAAAAAAAAAGUUUCUCCUGGGCGGAUCGGAGAAGCGAGGCGAGUUCGGAGCCGAGCGAGCGGAAGGCGAGAAAUGGCCAUUGAUGCCGCUGCGGUCGGCGGGGACUUUAGCGUCGCUUGGGGGGGCUGAUAACUGAAACGUCCCCGGGGAGGCUUGACAGCCGUCCGCUUUCGACGGCAACAUGACGCCAGAUCUUCUGAAUUUCAAGAAGGGAUGGAUGUCCAUAUUGGAUGAGCCAGGAGAGUGGACAAAGCACUGGUUUGUGCUGACAGACUCAAGUCUGAAGUACUACAGGGACUCCAAUGCUGAAGAGGCAGACGAUCUAGAUGGAGAAAUUGACCUACGUACUUGUACCGACGUGACAGAAUAUGCAGUGCAGAGGAAUUACGGCUUCCAGAUACAUACUAAAGAUGGUGUUUUUACAUUAUCUGCAAUGACAUCAGGAAUCCGCCGGAACUGGAUUGAGGCUCUAAGGAAGAGUAUUCGACCAGCCAGUGUGCCUGAUGUCACAAAGCUAUCUGACCACAACAAGGAAAACUCAUUCUGCAACAAUAAAUCCCCCAAGAAUUCCUUCCGAACUGAGCUGCAGCCCAACACUGGAAGUGAGGUGAUAUCCAGAGCUGUCAGCAGGAAGGCUGAAGGGCAGCAACAAGCUUUUGACUAUGUUGACUUAUCCCCCUUACAACAGCGGUCAGCUUUAAAUAAGGGGUCCCCUCAGCGGUCAAGAGGGAGCACGAGAAGUUCAGAUGGAGCAGUCAAGCGGGAAGAGUUGGAGCGGGACCUGGCGCUCCGCUCGGAAGAGAGGCGCAAGUGGUUUGAGUCUUCAUUCAGUGGGGGCCUGCAAACCGAUGGCCCAGCAGAGAAUCUUUGUCCUAAGAAACCUCAAGGGACUCCUCUGACCGAAGCUCAGAGGAGCAGGCUAAAUGAAGACAUCGAGAAGAAGUGGCAGGAGCUGGAAUGUCUGCCUCUAAAAGAGUCCAAACGGGUCCCACUGAUGGUGCUGCUGAACCAGGGCAAAGGGAACCCUGAGGAUGCAAGUGAGGCACUGGAGAAAGAGGUCCAAGCCCUGAGGUCACAGCUGGAGUCCUUGCGUUCCCACAAUGAGGCAAACCUCCAUAAAAAUGGGCAUGCGCCCCAAGGAUACAUUUCCCAGGAGGCAUGUGAGCGCAGUUUAGCAGAGAUGGAAAAUUCCCAUCAACAGGUCAUGUCAGAGGUACAACGGCAUCACCAGUGGGAGAUGGAGCGGUUGCGGCAGGAAAAAGAGCGCCUUUUGACUGAGGAGGCAGCUGCAACAGCUGCAGCAAUUGAAGCUCUGAAGAAGGCACACAGGGAAGAAAUGAACAAGGAGUUGGGCAGGACACGCAACUUUCAGAAAGGGUUUUCAGAUCCAAAUGCGCUUCAGCAACAGCAUCAGUCUGAUGUGGAGUCUCUGAAGAGGGAGUUGCAAGUGCUUUCAGAACAGUAUUCCCAGAAGUGCCUGCAGAUCGGGGGCCUGGUGCAGAAGGCAGAAGAACAGGAACAAAUGCUGCAGCGUUGUCAACAGGAGGGGAAAGAGCUGCUUCGGCAAAACCAGGAGUUGCAGAAGCGUCUUUCAGAAGAGAUUGGCCAGUUACGAGACUUCAUUGCUGCUCGGGGCGCACGUGACAAUGCUUCACACAAUGAGAAGAGUUCUUGUGAGCUACAGGUGCUUCUUCGAGUGAAGGAGAAUGAACUCCAGUAUCAGAAACAAGAAGUCCAGUGUCUGAGGGAUGAACUCCAAAUGAUGCAGAAGGACAAGAAGUUUGCCUCAGGAAAGUACCAUGAUAUUUACCUGGAGCUGAAUCACAUCAAGCAACGGUCAGAACGAGAGAUUAAACAUUUGAAAGAGCAUCUGCGCCUGGCCAUGGAAGCCCUACAAGAGAAAGAGAUGCUGCACAACAAUAUUGGUUAGUUACUUUUUGGUGCACCACUUCGGAGAAUAAAGCAGCAUUCCUCUCCAGGAGCACUGGGCAAGACUUUACCAAAUAGCCAGCACAUGCAUCUGUGUCACUUGGGCAUGUUUUGGGCUGGAUCCUACUACUAGCACCUUUUUGGGACUUUAUACAUGAAAAUAAUUUUUAUAUUUUGGGGAUGGAGUUGGGGAUAUGUUUUAAAAUCUUAUACUUAAGUUUCCCAGCAGUUAACCACAAAGGUGGGCCAGAUAUUUCUCCCUAACGUUCCUUUAGAUCUAAUUGUUUCUUCUCCCAAAUAUUUAGCUGUAUUUACAUUUAAAGUAUUUAUCUGCUUUCAGUUUUCUUCUAAAUGGAGAAACAAAACUACAUAACUCUCAACUUCAGGCUGUAUAGUGUUGCUUCACAGCAAUCCAUGUUGGAAAUACGCUGUGCCGAAAGAACGUUGUAUUAGUUACAUUGUCAGUGGAACUGGUUUGUCCAAAGACCACGCAGAGUUUAUGUUUAGGAUCUAUGAGUAGCAAUUGUUUUCAGAACGGAAGUUUAUUUUUAAUGUUGAUUAAAUGCCUGUGCAUCCCAUUGUAAACUCAGUCUUCCUCCCCAAAAGUUGGGUUCAACUGAUGUGUUCUCAGGGGGAGAAAUUUUACUGCUGAUGUUGCAGAGCCAAACAAUGAAGGUGGCUGAUUUUCUUUUAUUUCUGCAGA